CUUUGUUUUACUGAAAGUGGAUUUAACUCGGAUUCAACCCAACAUCCAACGGGCUGUUCUGCUCCGAAACAGUCACAUGACGCCAUACCCAUGAUGCAUAGCUAACGCCGCCACGCACCUGCUGGAAUAGAGGUGGCAGCCAGACCAUCCACGAUAAACAUAUGGCGGCGCUGGGGAACUCCGACAUGCUGACCAGGAAGAUCAAGCUGUGGGACAUCAACGCCCACAUCACCUGUCGCCUGUGCGAGGGCUACCUGAUCGAUGCCACCACGGUUACGGAGUGCUUGCACACCUUCUGCAGGAGCUGCCUGGUGAAGUACCUGGAGGAGAGCAACACCUGUCCCACGUGCCGCAUCGUGAUCCACCAGAGCCACCCGCUGCAGUACAUUGGCCAUGACAGAACAAUGCAAGACAUUGUCUACAAACUGGUGCCUGGCCUUCAGGACGCGGAAAUGAAAAAACAAAGGGAGUUCUACCAGAAGCUGGGGAUGGAGGUGCCAGGGGAUGUCAAAGCAGAACUGUGUGGAAUGAAGACCCAGCAAGAUGCUCACCGCAACGGUGACAUCAAGUCAGAGGACACCGCCAACAAGGAGACGGGGGAGGAGAAGCGCGAGGAGGAUGAGGACUACCACAGAAGUGACGAGCAGGUGAGCAUCUGCCUGGAAUGCAACAGCAGCAAGCUCCGCGGGCUCAAGAGGAAGUGGAUCCGCUGCUCGGCGCAGGCCACUGUCCUGCACCUCAAGAAGUUCAUCGCCAAAAAGCUCAACCUGACGUCCUUUAACGAGCUUGAUAUUUUAUGCAAUGAAGAAAUCUUGGGCAAGGACCACACAUUGAAAUUUGUAGUCGUGACAAGAUGGAGAUUUAAGAAGUCCCCCCUCCUCCUAUACUACAGACCCAAAAUGGAUUUAUUGUAGGACGAGAAGGGUUUCCCGUGGCCCUCCAGCCCAGGACGGUGCUGUUUAUGCAGAGACUAUCACCCCGGCACAAAGUGCACCAAAAACGAACACGACCAUGCAAGUCCCACCGGUAUGAACCAGCAAACCACAGCCAGGAACCGGCACCGACACCAACGGGUGGGCAGGGUUAGGUUGAGGGGCGGGGUUAUGUAAAACAGCCCUCAUGUCCGCUGCGUCCUAGAUAUGUGAACAUUUGAAGAAAGCGUAUAUUUAUACUUUUGUACAGACGAGAGAUUGGAAAAGCCGCAAAGACACUACUGGCACUGUGUUUACACAAGAACUGGGAGGUAAGGAGUCGCGUGACAAUUUUUAUUAUUGUUAGUAUCAUAUAAAUAUUAUUAUUUUAAACUGGUCAUCUCUCCUUCAUUUGCUGCAAACUCAUCUUGGCGUUAAAGGUUCAUCUUAUUUGGGAACUGGAUGAGGUGGAAGAGAGGUACUUGACUUCCUCUCUGUUUGGUUUCCUCUCUUAUGGAGCC